AUGCAUAGAGAGCGACUAAAUUUUGAAUCACGUAGUGUCAGCUUUCCAUCUGCACAGCACAAAGGAAGCUUCAAACGAAACAGUGUUCGAGCACUUAAAAAUACCUACCGGCGACCGGGAGGACUUGAAAUGAUUCUUGCCUCGGUUGAUGAUUCUCUCGUUCUUCUUUCUGAUUUAAUUACUACCACUAGAAUUAAUGAUGCAAAUUUACGAAAUCGUGAACAACUUACUGAUAAUGAUCUGGACUGGAAGAAUGAGAAAAAAGUUGGUAAUUAUGAUGGUUUGGUUGAGAAAUCUUUGUCACAGUCAGAUUCUCCAGAAACAGCAAAAAUUGAUUUAACGGGAGAAGAAAUUAUACAAUGGUUGGGUGGUUUACCGAUAAUCAAUCCGAACAAGAUGCUUGCAUACUUCUGCGGUGCAACGGAUCAAGAAACGAGAAACAUUUUGCCAGGUCGUGAACCAUAUCAAAUUUUCUCUUUUACACAAAAACGGCAAACUAAUGGCCAAAUUAUUAACGAAAAUUCAAUCCAUAAGCUUACGAUCAUGCGACACAUUGUGCUAAAUACUUCGGAAGUUCUGAUAUAUCCAAUAGAAGGAAGCAGGGCGCGAUAUACAAUCUGUGAUGUUUACGGACGAAUUCCAACGUUCUGGGUUUUCCUCAUCGAUUUUACGACUUUUCACCGUCAGAGCGCUUAG